GUGGGAGGGUUUCGAGGAUGCAGCAGAUAUCAGCCUGUGCAUGUACUAAAAGGUGUAUUUGUGGCAGAUGUCCAACUGGACCUCCCAUUUCCGGCGACAUAUAGUUCCAUACCCCAUUUGUUUCUCUGUUUUAUGUCAAAGAAAUUCGUUUGUUCGUCGUUUUAUCAAACGCUCGAUGUACCGCUUACUUUCUCCUAAUACUUUUUUUCCAGAGACUUUACGUCAGUUCGACAAGAAUGAGAAUUUUCAGACUUACCGUCUUGUUACUUACCCUCUUAGUGAUUCUCUCUGCUGUGGACGUUGGUGAAUGCGGGCUUUUUGGAGAUAUUUUGGGCCUCAUAUUCAAACCAAUUGGAGAAAAAAUAAAAAAAUCACGAUUUUUCAAAAAAUUUAAAAAAGGUUUCGAAAAACUAGUAACAUUUAAUCGGCCAAACUAUCUCCGGUCGAUAAGGUACGGUCGCAGACCGAGAGCAAUCAAAGGAGAGUGAUAUUUUGUGAUCGAUUGUCGAUAAACUUUGGCA